CUCCCCGGUCGCGAGUCCGCCCUGGACCGCACCUACCCAAACGAGACGACCCACCGUCCGCCGCCGGUGCGCCCACGCCGCUCUCCUCUGACCUCUGUCCAACCCCGACAAUUCUCUCCCACGGUAAACAAACACGCGCAGUACAUAAACUACCGCGCGCACCUGCACCCCCUCGGCCUGUUCACCUGCCACAUCAGAACCAGUCCUCCCCCUCCCGGCGCGCGUGACAGGCGAGGCAGACCGAAGAUGGCAACGGCAGCCUCCGCCUCCGCCUCCCCCGCCGCUCUCCGCGCCAAAACCCCAGCCCCGGGCGCGCACCCCAGCCCGAAAUCCAGCCUCGCAUUCCCGUGGCCUUCCCCGGGAGCCUCCGCCUCCGCCUCCGCCGCUGCCUCCGGCAGGCUCCACGCCAGCCUCCACCUCGGCGGGGUCCGCGGCGUCGGCACCGCCAACGGCACCGGCCUCCACGUGCUGCACCCCGACGUCAAGCCGCUGGCCGUGCCCAAGAUGGCCGGCGGCGCCGGGGCACAGAAGAGCAUCCUGCUCUACCACUGCGAGGAGAUGAGGGAUCUCGCCCAGCAGGUGGCCGCCCGGAACGACGACAUCGAGCUCUGCACCAUCUCCUGGAGGAAGUUUCCGGAUGGAUUCCCAGAUUUGUUCAUACCAAAUGCGCAGAACAUUCGUGGGCGACAUGUUGCUUUCUUAGCAUCAUUCAGCUCGCCUGGUGUCAUAUUUGAGCAAAUAUCGAUUAUAUAUAAUCUGCCAAAGCUGUUCAUUGCUUCAUUUACUUUGAUACUGCCAUUUUUCCCAACUGGGACUUCCGAGCGUAUGGAAGACGAAGGAGAUGUCGCAACCGCCUUUACACUUGCUAGAAGCUUGUCACACAUACCAAUAUCCAGAGGUGGACCCACCAGUUUAGUGAUUUUUGAUAUUCAUGCUUUGCAGGAGAGAUUCUACUUUGGAGACGCAAUCUUACCAUGUUUCGAGAGUGGCAUCCCCUUGUUGAAAAGUAGGCUUCAGGAGCUACCUGAUUCUGAUAAUAUAGCCAUAGCUUUUCCAGAUGACGGCGCAUGGAAGCGCUUCUAUAAGCAACUUCAACAUUUUCCUAUGAUUAUAUGCAACAAAGUUAGAGAAGGUGAUCAAAGAAUUGUGCGUAUAAAAGAAGGAGAUGCUAGAGGCCGUCAUGUUGUUAUAGUGGAUGACUUAGUGCAGUCUGGUGGUACUUUGAUUGAAUGCCAGAAAGUGUUGGCUGCUCAUGGAGCAGCAAAGGUUAGUGCGUACGUGACACAUGGCAUUUUCCCCAACAAAUCAUGGGAGAAAUUUAAGCCUGAUAAUGGAGAGGGUCCGGAGCAUGCCCUGAGCCACUUUUGGAUUACCGACUCGUGCCCUCUCACUGUUGAAGCGGUCAAGGACAGGCGGCCGUUUGAAAUUCUCAGCCUGGCAGAUUCUAUUGCUUCCGCUCUUCAGAUUUAGCAAGCUGAUUUGGUCUGCUCGCUCGGCUGCGAUAUUGUUUAGUUCAUUUUUCUAGCACAUCUCCUCCCCACCUUUUUUUGCAGUAGUUUCUUUUGCCUUGGAUAUUGUUUAGUUCAUCUUUUAAUCUUUAUUAUUCCCGAGAAACCUCAGAUCCUACAUCUUCAGUUCUUCACCUUAGGGAAGCGUUCAAUGGAUUGUUGGGACCGCAAAAACAUUUCUAGGAUAGUAUGCCUAAUAACUUGGCAGGACAAGCCAAGUGAGUCACAUGUUUGCUAUAUAUAAAUAAAAAAUCAAAUAAGUUUA